GAGCGAGCCUGAGGCAAUCGCGGUUCGGGCGCGGUUACCUGAGGGCCUGCGCCUGGGUCAGACGUUCUCUGCCCUGAGCACCGCGCUCAGUCUCUGUCUGGUGCUCGGGUCGGGGCGCUGCAAGCAGUGAGCCAUGGAGCUGUAUUUUGGGGAGUAUCAGCACGUGCAGCAGGAAUAUGGAGUGCACCUGAGACUGGCGAGUGAUGGAGCCCCCAAACAGCACAGUUCCCAGCCUUUGAAGGCGGGCUCCUAUGGCGUGAGCAUCCGGGUGCAGGGAAUUGACGGCCAUCCCUACAUCGUCUUGAACAACACCGACCGUUGCCUGGGGGGCCCACACUUCUCGGAAAAUGGGCCGGGCCUCAGGAAGGAGCCUGUCCACGCCAGCAAUGGCCCUGCAACAGAUGAUCUCAGUGAGGAGGAGCUGCAGUUCCCAGAGAACCCCUAUGCCGACCCCGGCCCCUCUCGACCCUCGGAGAGCAGGAAUGGCGUGGCAGUGGCAGGGGAUCCCAAAGACAGGCAGGGAAAGCCUGACCCCAUGUCCAGCGUGCAACGGCACUCUGACAUCCCACAGCCUUACAACCUCGGAAAGUCAGAGCCCGGUUUGCACUCCAGCCAGUCUCCCGAGAGCACCUUGCCCCGAGGAGAGGGUCGUCAGACACCGAAACCAUGGAAGCCUUCUAGUGUACCUGCAGAGGAGCCACUGCAGUCCGGCACCAAGGGCCUCCUGCACCUCUGUGGCAGCGCAGUGGUUGUGGAGGACACCAAGAAGCAGUCGGCGGUGUGCGUGAGCCUGCAGGGCUGCGGCAAAGCAGGGGCCGGAGAAGAGGCCCUGCAGCCGCACCUUGAUCCCGGUCACGGUACCCGCAAGCCCCGGCCUGAUGUGCUUCCAUUCCGGCGCCAGGACUCUGCGGGACCAGUGCUGGACCGGGCACGCUCCGAGUCCGCCUGCACCACCCCGACGGCCGCUAGCUCACUCUACCGCUUCCUGCUGGACGAGCAGGACUGCGCCCUGCAUGCGGACCAUGUCAACCGCCACGAGAACCGCCGGUACAUCCCCUUCCUGCCCGGCACCGGCCGCGACAUCGACACCGGCCCCAUUGGCGGCGUUGAGCAACUCAUCGAGAAGUUUGACCAGAAGCCCGGACAGCCCCGGCGAGGCCGAAGCGGCAAGCGGCCCCGCCUGGCACCCGAGGACAGGAAGCGCUCCCGCAGUGUGGACAGCGCCUUCCCUUUCGGGCUGCAGGGCAGCUCUGAGUACCUGAGCGAGUUCACGCGCCACCUGGGCAAGUCCAGCGAGCACCUGCUGCGCCCGUCACAGGUUUGCCCGCAGCGUCCGCAGGUGCCCGAGUACCGCGUGCGCCCGCGUGCCCCCACCACCAGGCUGCAGUGCCCCAGAGCUGCCCCGGGGCCCAGCGAAGGCCUGAAACCCGCAGACCACCAAGGAGGUAGCACCACCCCCCUCCCGGCCCCGAACCCCAAGGAGGAAGAUAUCAAGACAGCCACUGCAACGGUGCUGCUGCAGAACCGCGGGCUCGCCACUUCCCCUGACUCUGGUGCCAAGAAGAUUUCUCUCAAGUCUUUUUCCGAAGCCUCAAACAUUCAGGUCACACCGGAUCUAUUAAAAGGUCAGCAAGAGCUCACUCAGCAAACCAAUGAAGAGACGGCCAAGCAGAUACUGUACAAUUACCUCAAAGAAGGAAGCUCUGACAAUGAUGAUGCUACUAAAAGGAAAGUCAACCUGGUCUUUGAGAAAAUCCAGACUUUAAAGUCACGAGCAGCAGAGAGCACACCCGGGAAUCAUCAGGCUUCUAAUUCUUCAUUGGAAGUCAAAGAACUGUUGGAACUGAAAGACAUGCUGACCACAGAAGUAGCUGACCUUCAGCAACAGCUUAAACUAGAAGCCAAGAAUCAGCAGAACUUCAAGGAAGAGAGAGAGAGAAUGAAGUUGAAUCUGGAAAAGCUUCAGAGCCAGCAUGCCAGUAAGGUAGAGGAGAACUCUGUUCUGCAGCAGCGCCUGGAAGCAAGUGAAGAUGAACUCCGGAAGAACCUAGAGGAGCUGUUCCAGGUGAAGAUGGAACGAGAACAGCAUCAGACAGAGAUUAGAGACCUGCAGGACCAGCUCUCAGAAAUGCAUGAUGAAUUGGACAGUGCCAAGCGAUCCGAGGACAGGGAGAAGGGGGCUCUGAUUGAGGAACUCUUACAAGCCAAGCGGGAUCUUCAGGACCUGCUCAUCGCCAAGGAGGAGCUGGAGGAGCUAUUGCGGCGGCGGGAGAGAGAACUGACAGCUCUCAAGGGUGCCCUGAAGGCUGAGGUUUCUAACCACGACCAGGAAAUGGACAAGCUGAAGGAACAGUAUGAUGCGGAGCUGCAGGCCCUGCGUGAGAGCGUGGAUGAGGCCACCAAGAACGUCGAGGUCCUAGCCAGUAGGAGCAGCGCUUCAGAGCAGAGCCAGGCUGGGGCUGAGCAGCAUGUACGGGCACUGCAAGAGGAAAACAAGAAGCUACAGGCAGAUGUGGGUGCCCUGGAACGUAGUGCUGGUCGGCUUCGAGCUCAGGUGGCAGAUGCUGAAGGCCGGGAAGCCAAAAGUCAAGAAAAACUCAAGGAGCAGGAGGCUGAGGUGCGGCAGUUAGAGCAGGCGCUAGUGCUUGCAAGAAAGGAAGAGAAAGAAGCCAAGGCCGAUCGCAGGACACUGGAGAAUGAACUGGAAGAUGUGCAGAGAAAGCUGAGCCGAACCACCCAGGAGCAGAUGCAGCUGUCGGAGGCACUCCGAGAUGAGACGGAGCAGAAGGAACAGUUACGAAUACUAAAGAAUGAAAUGGAGACAGAGCGAUGGCACCUUGACAAAACCAUUGAGAAACUGCAGAAGGAGAUGGCUGACAUUGUUGAGGCAUCACGGACAUCCACAUUGGAGCUCCAGAACCAAUUGGAUGAGUACAAGGAGAAAAAUCGCAGGGAACUUGCAGAACUGCAGAGGCAACUGAAGGAGAAAACCCUAGAGGCUGAGAAGUCCCGACUGACAGCCUCCAAAGUUCAGGAUGAGAUGAAACUGCUGGAGGAGGAAGUCCGGGACUCCCGGCGGGCCCUGGAGGAAGCCCUGACAAAGCGGCAGAUUCUGGAACAGACUCUGAAGGACCUGGAAUACGAGCUAGAGGCCAAGAGUCACUUGAAAGAUGACCGUUCCCGGAUCGUCAAGCAGAUGGAGGACAAGGUGUCACAGCUGGAGAUUGAGCUGGAGGAAGAGAGAGCCAGUGCGGAUAUCCUGUCAGACAGGAUCACUCGAAGCAGAGACCAGAUGGAGCAGGUGAGGAAUGAGCUGCUUCAGGAGAGAGCCAUGAGGCAAGAUCUGGAGUGUGACAAAAUUUCCCUGGAGAGACAGAACAAGGAUUUAAAGAGCCGCAUCAUUCAUCUGGAAGGCUCAUACAGGUCCAGCAAAGAGGGUCUGGUGGUACAGAUGGAGGCCCGUAUCACAGAGCUGGAGGACCGGCUGGAGAGCGAGGAAAGGGACCGGACCAGCCUCCAGCUCAGCAACCGCCGGCUGGAGCGGAAGGUGAAGGAGCUGGUGAUGCAGGUGGACGAUGAGCACCUGUCACUGACAGAUCAGAAGGACCAGCUCAGCUUGCGGCUGAAAGCGAUGAAGCGCCAGGUGGAGGAGGCUGAGGAGGAAAUCGACCGGCUGGAAAGUUCUAAAAAGAAGCUGCAGCGGGAGCUGGAGGAACAGAUGGAUGUAAACGAGCAGCUGCAGGGGCAGUUGAACUCCAUGAAGAAGGACUUGAGACUCAAGAAACUGCCGAGCAAAGUACUGGAGGACUCUGAUGAUGAUGACCUGAGCACGGAUGGGGGCAGUGUUUUUGAGGCACCGCUGAGCUACAGCCUUUCCAGGGACAGUGUGGCCAGUCAGCUGUGAGCAAGAGGGACACACUGGGCCUGCUUCCACACCGGGCAUCCCCACACUUCUUCUGUCUUAGUGGCGAUGCAUCGGUGCCUUCAGAGACACAGCCUGCAGGGCUCUGCCCAAUGCUCAGGAGCUCCUGCAGGAGGAUGCAGCUUGCUGUGUCCACCACCACUCAAAUGUCCUUGAUUCCACCCCCACCCCCACCAUACCCGUGACUGUCCUUCACUGCCUGCGUAUCACUGUGUCAUUAGUGGCUGCACAUAGUCUGGCAAGACCACUUCAGGCCAUGGGGACCACAGCGCUAUGGGGCCCAUGCAGAGCUUACACACCCUUCACCCCAGUGUUAAAGCUUUCAGGCAGGAGCUACUGGGUUUGCACACUGGAUGGGGUCAUGGAGUGCGAUGGGGCUCAGAACUGCAGCACAGGGUAGGCCAGGGUGUGCUGAUGGGAUGCAGGCCAGCUCAGGUAGGUGAUGGUCUCUGGGUCAGCUGUGGUGCCCCACCAGAGGCAGGAGGGCCAUAGGGCAGAGCACCAAAGAUGGGGGGGGGGGGAGGAGAGGGAGGAGCUCAGGGUUCUGUCAGGAAGGGGGAAAGCAGCAAGGCUCAUGUAUGUCUGCAAACAUGUGGUCUCUAACCUGCUCCUCAGGAUAUGGG